AUGGCACGGGUCUCUACCACCACUGCUGGCGGGGUCGGUGUCGCCAGAACGGCGCUGCUGUUCCUGCUGCUGCUGCUGACACGAUUGCCACAAGGCUCGCGCGCUCAGCCCGGAGGGGGCGGCAGCGGCGAUGGCGGCGGGGGGGGUGACGGGCCUGGCGGAGACGAAGUUCCUGGGGAGGAUGAGGGUUCUGAUGCAUCCGUGGAGUGUGCUUACAACGGGAGCGACGCCCACUACGACGAGUUCCUAGCUGGCGAAGGUUUGACGAUGGUGCGAUGGACUGGCACUAACACGGGAUGCCCGAAUCACGUCAACUGGCCCAUCAACCCCAACCCCGGACUGGUUAUAGCCAUCAACGAAUCGAUCCCGGCCUACCCCAUGCUUCUCGAGGACGGGGGGACGACGGACCUGAGCUCUGCCGCCGGGACGAUCGGGCUAAUGCGCAACGGGGUUUCUAUGUACAGCGCGUGGGCGCUUGACGCCGUCGAAGAGUACGAGGACACGGCCUUCUACCUGGAAGCCGACACGUUGGACCCCUGCGGGGGGCACGCGACUCCCACAGGGUCCUACCACUACCACAGCACGGCGGGGUGCCUGCAAGAACAGGCGGGGGCGGUCGCGGGGGAGCACUCUCCGCUGCUGGGCUGGUCAUACGACGGUUUUCCCAUCUACGGGCAGCUGGGGCCUGGCGGAGUCGAGAUGAAGAUGUGUGGGGCAGAUGGGGCGGACUCCACGGUUUGCCUCGACUUGUGCUCCGGGUACGAGGCCAGUAUCGACGAGGACACCUUCACGUACCGCUACUACACGUCAUGUGGCUUCGACGAGUCGUUCUUCCCCUUCACCCUCAACUGCUACCGCGGCUGCUGCCCGACGGGCGUCACCUGCAGCGACAGGAUCGAGGCCUGCGGGGACGGCGCGCUGAUCGGCUACACGGGCGACCACGUGCCCGUGGCGAGCGAGUCGCUGCACGAGCCGUACGAUGCCCUCCUGAUCUCAGGGGACGACGAAGACAUCAUCGGCACUGACUUAACGGUCAACUGCACCCUGUACCUGGGCGCUGGAUCGGUUCAGGUGGCCAGCGGUGUCGCCAGCGACGACACGGCUGCGCCUCCUACUCCUGCCCCCAUCGCCAGCGGCGGCGGCGGCGGCGGUGGCGGCGGUGGGUCCGUCGGUGACGCACCCACGCCGCCUCCCCAGGACGCCGCCGGAGAGGACCCCACCCCACCGGACAACGGAGGUUAUGGAUCGGUGGCCGGGUCUACACCAUCUCCCGAAGCUGCUGCCACCCCUUCGCCCAGCGACGACGGUGGGUCCGUGGACGGUUCAUCUUUCACGCCAUCUCCCGAGGCCGCUGCCGUGGCCGCACCGGAGGUCACCGCCCCGACAAGCCUAGCCGACGUUGACGCUAGUGGGGCCCCCGGCGGCGUUUUCAGCCCCACCUCCGUCACAGCCGUCGUGGCCGUGCUUGCCGCCGCGGGGGUCUUCUUUGCUGCCUGA